CUCAUAAAACAGCGCAGUGACACAAACGAUCCCCAGGAACUGCCCAAGUCAAACUCAAAACCCGGCCCUGCCGAGCAACUCAAGAUGGUUUUAGAAACAAUUUCAAAGAUAAUAAAAGUGCAGCUUCCGGCCUACUUGAAGAAGCUGCCGCUGCCGGAGACUAUCGGAGGGUUUGCGAGGUUAACAGUGUCUGAGUGGCUCCGGUUGCUGCCUCUCCUUGGCAUUUUGGCCCUGCUGGGCUACCUGACCAUUCGUCCGUUCCUGCCUAAGAAAAAGAAGCAGAGAGACAGCCUGAUCAACCUGAAGAUCCAGAAAGAGAACCCCAAAGUGGUCAACGAGAUAGACAUCGAGGACUUGAACAGCGCAAAUGUGUGUUACUGUCGAUGCUGGCGCUCCAAAACUUUUCCUGUUUGCGACAAGUCACACUUAAAGCACAACGAAUUAACCGGGGACAACGUGGGACCUCUCAUCCUCAAAAAGAAGAUACUAUAAUUGACCACGGAAAGAAGUUUACGUCGGACUAGUCUGUACUUCAUCUUUUCCUGGUAUUUUGUUUUCCUUAUAAAAUGCAGUCCAUUGUUUGAGUGAGAAUUUGAAUUUUUCUAGUUGGGGUAGUUUUGUUUUUCUUCAGUUAAGCUCUCAUUGGUCUUCUAAUUUACAUACAUAAUUGUUUAUACAGUAUACUUUAAAAGUGUUUGUCUCUAUAUGUCGGGAUUACAUUCAAUUUCACUGGGACCACUUUAAUGGAACAACCCAAAGCGUUAACUAACUUUAUGAUACCUUCUUAUAAUGUGACCUGGAGCCUGAGGGCUGGUUUUUGCUCCACUCAGUAUAAUGGUUGUUUAAAUGAAAUACCCAAUUUAUUAGUCCAACUUGCAUGUAACAUUUUGUCAUGUAUGCCUUCAUUUAGUUGUUUCUAAGACCAUUUGCCUGCUUGAGUGCCAAAUUGUUUUUACCACAACACUUUGGAGGUGUAAGAUAUUUGCUGAUAGAUCAAUAUGUAUGUAUGUAAUGAGUGUAUGUAUUCAUAAUGCAUGGGAUACUUACUGUAGAUUCUUUAUGUUUUGUUCAUAGACAUUUAUUGCUGUUGUGUUGAAACAUUUCAAACCACUGUGCUGUUGAGGUUUCAGAACUGCAACAAGUUUGACUUGCUGAAUUCACUGUGUUUGGCUUCUUGGCAGAAUACUUCCUGUAGUAUGAAGCAAAAAAUAUUUUCACACUUAACAUUUGCUUUCACAGUUAGUUCUUUGUUUGGUAUUUAUAAAUAACUUCAUGUAUGUUAAUGUUUGCUAGACUAAGUUGUUCAUACUAAAUGUUAAUGGAAGUGAUCAUGAGUAAUUCAGUUGCUUCAGUUGGCAGAACCUCAGCUUCUUAUUCAAUACUUUGAAAAUCUUCAUGUAACUUAAGAGGAAAAUUUAAGUGAAUGUCCCUUUUAACUCAGUUUAUCAUGUCCUUGUCUUUAAUUUAAUUUCUUUAUACAAUUGCAUUAAACAUCUGUGCUGCAACAGUAAACAGAAUCAGCUUAGGCUGCUCUGAGUUUCAUAAACCACAGAGUAUGUGCUUCAUGGGUUUGAUGUUCACCAUCUAUCAAAAGUUCAGAUUUACAUGAUCCACAUUUUAUGAAAAUUAAAGCAUCAUGUGUUAUUAUAGUAAUGGAAUAAAUAGAAAGGAAUCAUCU